AUGCUUCUAUUGCUCUUCUUCUUUUUGCUGCAUCCUUUCCUCUAUUCCGUGUUUUCUCAGACUAUCGAAAUCGAUUUAGCAGAUAGAGGAGCUGAUGUGCCAUUCUCAAAGUUUUAUGUCCUUCAAAACGGCACGCACACUCUUCAAAAUCCAGUUGAGGAAUCCACGAAAUCCUCUGCCUUUUCACCAUUGACUUUGCCGCUCUCCGAUCUUCAACAGUACACCCUUCAGAAAGAUCCGGAAGAAUGGGUUGAUGUUUCUGGAGGAAAUUCCAUGCUAAUCGAUAAAAUUUCAAAGGAUCCUUCUUAUGAAAGACUCUUCAAUAUGGAUCUUGAUAUUAUUUCGGACCAUUCUGGAACAGAUGCCAUAUUUAAUUGGGGCGAUCCUGAUUAUCGAACUGCAGAAAACUGCUUUAUCAUCGGUCUGCAUUCUGGAGCUGAGCAGGAUGUUAUUUCAUUGCUAAGCAAAUCGCUUGAAGUUUUUAAUGGAAGCACCACGGACACUUUACUUCAUUCUGUGAAAGGAACCUUCUCCUGCUUUCCGGAGAAGAUUCUACCUUUAACUCUGCUCACUAAAAUUCCUUGGCUCAAACUUGUUGAGAGAGAUUCGGUUUUUAGCUCCUCGCAAAUCCAAAGCAAUGCACCCUGGGGCCUCUCUAGGAUUUCAAACCCGGCGUUGCCGAUUUCCGGAAAGUUUGGAUUCCAAUACACGGGAUCAGGCGUGGAUGUGUUUGUGAUGGAUUCUGGCAUCAACACACGACACCAAGGUAGGCAAACUUCUUCCGUGAUUGCGGGGACCACGGUCGGGGUGGYCAAACUUGCAAAUAUAAAGGCGAUAAAAGUCCUUGAUUGUUCGGGAAAUGGAAAAAAUUCGGAUCUUAUCCGUGGACUUGACUACAUUUUGAAUGACAGAGGCACUUCUGUCGAUGGGUUUUUUUCGUUUGGAGAAACCAAAAGGCCUGCGGUUAUUAAUAUGAGUCUUGGAGGAAAUAAUAGAUCUGUUGCUCUUGAUUCCGCAAUAGCUGCUGUUGUCGAGCAGGGAAUUCCGGUUGUCGUUGCUGCUGGCAAUGAGGACACCGAUGCAUGUUCCAAAAGCCCAGCCGGGAAUCCAUUUGUGCUGACCGUGGGUGCCUCAUCUUCAAACGAUCAAAGGUCUUCAUACUCAAACUACGGAACAUGUGUAAAUCUAUUUGCGCCGGGCGACAAGAUCAUGGCUGCCUCCAACAUCGGGCAAGCGGAUUACUCUACACCGUCGGGGACAUCUCUCUCUGCCCCCUUUGUUACUGGGAUUGUAGCUCAAAUUUUACAAAAAAACCCCAACCAACCUGCUACCGAUGUUUAUAACCAGGUGUUACGAUUAGCGGCUUCCGGGAAAUUGGUAGAGCAUUCGCUUGGCCCAGAAUCMCCAAAUGUCAUAGCUCAAGCGAUGGGUUAUGACCCCAAUGAUCCCACGCAGUAUGUCAAUUUUGACCUUUCGGUCUCAUCAGGCACGAUGACCUCGCCUGCUCAGUCUCUUUUCCCCUUCUUUAUAUGUCUUAUAUUGGUCCUGUGGUGA